AUGGAAUCAUAUCAAUAUCCGAAUUACGAAACACAUUACCCAGUAAGAUCUGAUAACGAAUUCACAAAUAAUGCUAUACCUACAAGAACACAAGAUGAUACCAACAACAAUCAUAACAUUAAUUUUUAUGAAGUCCCAAUUAAAUCAGACAUUCCAGACAAUGAGGUUAAUGACUCUGAAAAAGCUAUUGCUAAAACUCAACAUGAAAAAGUUAUUUCUAAAGAUGCCGUCAAGUGGUAUAGAAAUACUAAAGCCGUUUUGACUGCCUUCAAAUCAAACUUUUUGUUGAUUUUUUUACCUCCCGCUAUUAUUCUGAAGAGAUAUGAAUUCAGUGCUACUUUAGUGUUUGUCUUUAAUUUUUUGGCAAUUAUUCCGUUAUCCAAAAUUAUGACUGUUGGAAUUGAUGAUUUCGCGACCAGAUUGCCUCCGAUUCUUGGUAUAGUCUUUUUGGCUGGUUCAUGGCCAAGGAAACGUCGUGAAUCCAUUAAUGCCCAUUUGAGUACUCAAUUAUGGGUAUCAACUAGUGCUUCAACACUUGCUCUUGCUGUUCUUGCUCUCGUGACCCCUGCCGCAUUCAAGAUAGCUGCUCCUGCCGGCACUGGUAUUGAAUGUGAUGUUCAAAAUAUCAGUUUGUAA